AAGAGGAGAGGAAAAACGGAGCAGCGACACAAAUGGCACUCAUGGCAGGGAUUUUGUUCACGGCCACCUUUCUUGUUUUUGGGAUAUCUACAUUUGUUUCGCCGGCUCGGAUAUAUCCCCCGAAUGAAGUCACGUUAUUGGAUUCCAGAUCGGUACAGGGGGAGCUGGGAUGGGUCGCCAACCCGACAGAAGGAGGGUGGGAGGAAGUGAGUAUUAUGGACGAGAAGAACAUUCCCAUUCGGACGUACCAGGUGUGUAACGUCAUGGAGCCAAACCAGAACAACUGGCUGCGCACCGACUGGAUCCCCCGUGGUGGUGCUCAACGAGUCUACAUUGAGAUCAAGUUCACCCUCCGAGACUGCAACAGCCUCCCGGGGGUCAUGGGAACCUGCAAGGAAACCUUCAAUCUUUACUACUAUGAGUCCAACAAUGACAAAGAGCGCUACAUCCGUGAGAACCAGUUUGGAAAGAUCGACACCAUUGCAGCAGACGAGAGUUUCACUCAGGUGGACAUUGGUGAUCGCAUCAUGAAACUGAACACCGAGGUACGAGAUGUCGGCGCCUUGACCCGCAAGGGCUUCUAUUUGGCCUUCCAGGAUGUUGGAGCAUGCAUCGCUCUCGUGUCUGUCAGGGUCUUCUACAAGAAAUGUCCUUUAGCAGUGCGCAACUUGGCCCAGUUUCCUGAUACCAUCACUGGAGCCGAUACCUCCUCACUUGUGGAAGUUCGUGGCUCAUGCGUGGAUAAUUCAGAGGAGAAGGAGGUCCCCAAGAUGUACUGUGGGGCUGACGGAGAGUGGUUGGUCCCCAUUGGGAAUUGCCUGUGCAACCCUGGAUAUGAGGAGCGCAAUGCAGAAUGCCUAGCCUGUAAGAUCGGUUACUACCGUGCUCUGGCCACCGAUGGAUCCUGUUCCAAGUGUCCGCUCCACAGUUACUCGGUCAGGGAGGGAUCCACCUCCUGUGUCUGUGACAAGGCAUACUUUCGCUCAGAAACAGACCCGGCAUCCAUGCCCUGCACCCGUCCUCCGUCUGCGCCUGUCCACCUCAUCUCCAAUGUGAACGAGACCUCUGUAAACCUGGAGUGGAGCCCGCCCCGGAGCACAGGAGGGCGCCAGGACUUGACAUACAAUGUGGUGUGCAAGCGCUGUGGGCCUGAUGGCCGGCGCUGUCAGCCCUGCGGUAAUGGCAUCCACUUCAGCCCCCAGCAGCUGAGCCUGAAGGGAUCCAGGGUGUCCAUCAACGAGCUGCAGGCCCACACCAACUACACCUUUGAGGUGUGGGCGGUGAACGGAGUCUCGCCUCAGAGCCCAGGGCCAGAGCAGGCUGUGUCAGUGACCGUCACCACCAACCAGGCUGCUCCAUCUCCAGUGACGUCCAUCCAGGGCAAGGAUAUCACAAGACACACCAUCUCACUGUCCUGGCAUCCACCCGACAGAGCCAAUGGGGUCAUCUUGGAAUAUGAAGUCAAGUACUAUGAGAAGGACCAGAAUGAGAGAAGCUACCGAAUCAUAAAAACAUCAUCCAGGAACGCUGACAUCCAGGGCCUCACCCCCCUCACUUCCUACGUGUUCCAUGUGCGAGCUCGCACCGCAGCAGGCUACGGGGAUUUCAGCGGGCCCUUUGAGUUCAUGACCAACUCCGUCCCAGCACCCAUUAUAGGCGAUGGAGCCAACUCCACAGUGUUGCUGGUGUCAGUGGUGGGCAGCGUGGUCCUCCUCAUCAUCCUCAUCAGUGCUUUCGUCAUCAGCCGAAGAAGGAGUAAGUACAGCAAAGCCAAGCAGGACUCGGAUGAAGAAAAGCACUUACAUCAAGGAGUGAGGAUAUAUGUCGAUCCCUUUACCUACGAGGACCCGAACCAGGCCGUCCGUGAGUUUGCCAAGGAGAUUGAUGCCUCCUGCAUCAAGAUCGAGAAAGUCAUCGGCAUCGGGGAGUUUGGCGAGGUCUGCAGCGGCCGCCUGAAGAUGCCAGGCAAGAGAGAGAUCUGCGUGGCCAUCAAGACGCUGAAGGCCGGCUACACCGACAAGCAGAGGAGGGACUUCCUGUCUGAGGCCAGCAUCAUGGGCCAGUUCGACCACCCCAACAUCAUCCACCUGGAGGGUGUGGUCACCAAAUGUAAGCCAGUGAUGAUAAUCACAGAGUACAUGGAAAACGGAUCGCUGGAUGCAUUCCUGAGGAAGAAUGACGGGCGCUUCACAGUCAUUCAGCUGGUCGGUAUCCUGCGUGGCAUCGCGUCGGGCAUGAAGUACCUGUCAGACAUGAGCUACGUUCACCGUGACCUCGCGGCUCGCAACAUCCUGGUCAACAGCAACCUGGUGUGCAAGGUGUCCGACUUCGGCAUGUCCCGAGUGCUGGAGGACGACCCCGAGGCUGCAUACACCACAAGGGGAGGGAAGAUCCCCAUCCGUUGGACGGCCCCAGAGGCCAUCGCGUACAGGAAGUUCACCUCGGCCAGCGACGUGUGGAGCUACGGCAUCGUCAUGUGGGAGGUGAUGUCAUACGGCGAGCGACCAUACUGGGACAUGAGUAACCAAGACGUCAUCAAGGCUAUUGAUGAGGGCUAUCGGCUGCCCCCACCCAUGGACUGCCCUGUGGCACUCCACCAGCUCAUGUUGGACUGUUGGCAGAGAGAGAGGGCCGACCGGCCAAAGUUUGGACAGAUCGUCAACAUGCUGGACAAGCUGAUCCGUAACCCAAACAGUCUGAAGAGGACCGGGGGAGAGACCGCAGUCAGGCCCAAAACCACCCUAUUGGAGCCCGGGAGCCCAGAGGCGUUCUCGGCCGUGGGAACAGUGGAGGACUGGCUGCAGGCCAUCGGCAUGGAGCGAUACAUCGACAACUUCACUGCUGCCGGCUACACCACUCCAGAGGCUGUGGUCCACAUGACACAAGAGGACAUGGCUCGCAUAGGUAUCUCCUCGGCAGCUCACCAGAACAAGAUCUUGACCAGCGUCCAGGGAAUGCUGUCCCAAAUGCAACAGUUGCAAGGCAGAAUGGUUCCUGUCUGACAGAUUCACGCUAAGAAAAAAGGGAAAAGGAAGCAAAGCGACUUCGUUUCUUAUGAAAAAAAUAAAAAAAUAAAUAACAAAAAAGAUGAAAUAUUAAAAAAAAGAGACAAAUAAACUAUGAAGAAAUAGUUUACCUCAUCCAUGCACUUUAAAUUGGAUCUAAAAGAAAAGAAGACAUUGAUGAAGACGAAAAAAAGUGGUGAAAAUGGCACUUUUUUUUUUUUUAAAUCAGACUUUUACCAUGCCCUUUUUUAAAAAAUUUUGGGGAAAACAGGGCACUUCUGUCCGCAGCGUUUAUGGAUAGAUGAAGGGAUGGCUGGAAAAGUGCUUCCGAGAGGCCAAUCUGGAGUGCCUUUAAUGGUCUGGAAAGAAAGGAAGAGGGGGGAACCAUACCCCUCUCCCUCGUCUCGGGCAGAGUGUUGUUUCUGGAACUUUCUUUCUGGAAUAAUCCGCAGAGCAGAUUUUUUUGAUUUUCCUGUGACUGUGUUUAUUGUACAUGAAUAGAUUCUGUGGGACUUGCCGGCUGCCCCAGCCACCAUUGUUCUCUCUCUCAGCUGGAUCUGCUUGGUAUCUCACAGACAAAAUGGAGGAUCCUAACCCGUCAGAUAUAAACAGAACAUCUCUGAGAGGUUGAGGGUUGGAUUCCGAGGGGAGAUGGCUUGGCAGCGAGGGCUUCUUGUUGCUUUUUUGCUCUGUUCUGGCCUUGUUUUUUUCCCAGAACGCCGUGUUUUGUUGCCCUCAGGACGCUGCUGAGAAUGUGUUUGAUCUUCCAGAGGAGCCAUCCCGCUCCCCUGUCUUCCCAAAAAUGCUCUCCCACACCUCACAUAAACAUACAAUUUGGAUUCUUCGAUUCAUCGCCGCAUCUGGAUCAAAGUGCAGGCCCAGCGCCACCGGGACCCAUCGCUUCCUCGCCACUUUUGAUAGACAGCCGUCUGGACCACUUGAAUUGGCGUUGUGAACUGGAAUGCGAGAGUGAAGGAAUUUAUUGGAAGGACUUACACGGACAAAAGGAUACAACAGAGGCAAUCUGGAUGCAGAGGCAAUCAGAAUCAUCAGCCAAGAAAAUGGACCCACCUUUAAUCAAUCCAUCAUCAAGCUGCUGCCGUCCAUCAUAAACAGGAUCCCGGCCUCGCUCGCCACAACCAGAAUUCUGUCUCCUCUUCCUCUUUGUCUUCCUCCUCCUGCUAACCCCCCUCGUCCUCUCCUCGGAGCAUUCUCCGACACAGAGAUGACAAAUCCAUCCCCGAGCGUCUGGGACGUCCACCCUCACAACACGUCAACUUGACAAGCUGGCCCCCGUCUGCUUGUGGCCAUCCAGCGAUGUACUGGAACUACUAUGAAUGAUUUAACAGCAUAAAGAGACAAUACGAAGAAUGUAAUAUAAUAGAGAAGCCCUGCUCCAGCGGAUAAUGUGCUUUUAUUUUGAAGGUCUCAUUUUAUUUUGUGAAAUUUUGUUAGUUUUUUUAUUGCUUAGUUCUGUUUGCAUGUAAAGUAACAAGUGCUUGAUUUGAGUGUGCGGAUGUGAUGGCGUGGGUGCAUGGAUGACUGUAUGAGUGUGUGUGUGUGUGUGAGUGUGUUAAUGAUUGAGAACGUCUUUGAAGUAUCAGUAACUGUGUGUUUUCAUGCCACUGUGGAGAAGGAAGAGAUAACAGAGUUGUUUUCAGAUGUGCAAAACUCUACUCGACAGCGUUUUAUUAAACAGCUUCUGGAAUGCAACCAAUUCCUGCUUUUGACAUUAACAGCAGCUCACAAGCAGACACACAACAAACGUACACGGGAGUUUGGACUCCGAAAUAAGUCAAGGCGGACACCUAGGAGCCAGCUCUCUGUUGAAGUGGGAGCAGUUUAAAAUGUCGCACCUGUACACAACAAUGGAUCAGAGAUGUAAUGAAAGAAGUGUUAAAGAAGGGAAAACUGUUGGUUAUUUUUUAAUUUUCCACACGUCAUAUCGCUACAGAUUUAACUCAACGGACUAUAUUCAUUUUUUUCCCUUUAUCUCUUCAAAGUAAACUUAUGUGAAUGUGUUUGAACUCGUAAGUGACACUUCAAAUAAUUCAGAAAACACCUCCGUUCUUAAUACAGCUCGACUGCUCUUUCCUGUUUUGGCAACAUGUUUUUUUUUCUUUUGGGUUUUAUCUAUCGUAAAAGGACCUGUUUGGAAAUAUGCAAGACAUGUUGGGAAGGAGAAGGAAACCAGAAUGUACUGUAAAAUACUUUGUUCCUCUACUUAAAUGUUGGAAGAUUUGAAAAAACAAAUGAGAAAAUUAACAAAUGCCAGAGUUAUUGUUUGUCAUUGUACGCUUUCCGAUGCCAUAUGAUUCAGCCAUGUAGAUCUAACAUUCUCUUGAUCGUUUUUUGUACUUUUAUUUUGACAUGAUCAUCAUUUUUUGGCUUUGUUUUUAUUUGUUUUAUUUUGUUUUUGUCAAGGAGCUCUAGGUACAUGUAACUUAUGUCAUUUAUUUAUGUCCUUUUAUAUCUAGUUUGUAAAAUAAUAGCCUAAAGUGAAGAAAAUAAAAGGGGUGCCAAAGUGCAUUCUUAUUAAA